AUGGCCACCCUACCCUCCCAAAUGCGCACCAUCUUCCAACAAUCCGCCUCAUCCAAGACCCUCACUCUACUGAGCACCCCCAUCCCAACCCCAAACCACAAUGAAGGAGAGCAUCUGAUCCAAGUCAAAGCCGGCAGCCCCUGCGGCGGCGAGCUGCUCUGGCCAAAGAACUUCCCGCCCCCAACGGCCCGCCCCCUAAUCCCGUGUCCGGACAUGGCCGGAAUCGUCAUCUCGGGACCAUCCGAUUCCCCCUUCCAGCCAGACGAUGAAGUCUACGCGCGCACAAACUACAUGCGACCAGGGAAUGCGCGCGACUACACCAUCGCCCUGACAGAUGAACUCGCACACAAGCCCCAGAACCUAAGCUGGGUGCAGGCUGCAGCAGUCCCUGUUUCGGCGCAGACGGCUUGGCAGGUUCUGUUUGUUCGAGCGUUUUCUACGGGAAAUGGUGGUGAGAUGGAUUUCGAGACUGCUCAACGAGUAUGGGGUGGGAAGAGGGUUCUUGUGACUGCUGCUUCUGGGGGUGUGGGGAUUUGGCUGGUGCAGCUGGCAACUUGGCUUGGUGCCGAGGUGGUUGGGACGUGUGGAGCGGGGAAUGUGGAGCUGGUCAGGUCCCUGGGUGCGAAGGAAGUGCUUGAUUACCGGGUUGCGGAUCUGCGGGAGUGGGCUGGGUUGCCAUCUAAUAAGGUGGAUGUCGUUGUUGAUUGUGUUGGAGGGAGGUCUCUUGGUGAUGCGUGGUGGACUGUCAAGGAUGGUGGUGUUGUGCUGAGUAUCUUCCAGCCACCUUCGCAGGUCCGCCCGGAUGAGAAUGAGAGUAAGGAUGUGAAAGAUCUGUUCUUCAUUAUGCAGCCCGAGAGGAAGCAGUUGGAGAAGAUUACCAUAUUGAUUGAGAAGGGGGAGUGUCGGGGGAUGGUGGAUAGUGUCUGGCCGCUUGAGCAAUUUGAAGAAGCAUUCAAGAGGCUGGAUGGAGGACAUGUGAAGGGGAAGAUUGUCUUUGAUAUGGCGCUGAAUCAGUAG